AUUGAUUAUAUUCCUAUAUUUAUUAUAAUUUUAUUUAUUCCUAUAUUGAUUAUAUAUAUGUAUAGGUGGAAUAUUUAUAUCUCUAGAAAUAUCAGUAAUUUUUUGCAGUAUUUGUGUUUUAACCUACUCUAGCUGUAAAUGGAAAAUAGUAUAACUAUUAUAGUUUUUUAAAUUUCAACAUGGCAUUUGCUUUUCUGCCUCCCUACUUAUAAUUGGUCAGACUGCCCUUAUGAACGUUUUUUAAAGAAAGGGAAUAAAUUGCCGUUUGGUAUUGGUGUGUGUGUGUGUGUGUGUGUGUGUGUGUGUGUGUGUGUGUGUUUAAGUUCAGCUUGUGGACGGAUUCAUUUAGAGGCAGGUGUCUUCGACUAUAUGGUCAUCCUUGACCAUCUCUGAACAGUAUUUCAGGUCCAUGGCCAAUGAUACUGAUCUGAUUCCCUUCCAUUUUCUUUCUAGUGUUCAACAAUGUUAAUAAAAUUAUUUUGCUUCAUCUUGCUAAUGACAUCUUUGUAAGUCUGAUUAAUGAAUGUUAAUAUUUAUAAACAAAACUAAUAGUUGUUAAUGAUUUGUCAAAAACUUAGAACAGAUUUGUUAUCAUUUUUGACAGUUGAAGAAGUGAACCCUUCUAAACGAACCAGGUUAAUCAUAAGUUACUGUUUUCCUUUUCUUGAAAUUGUAUUUGAUUAGGCUCUGAAACCAGAGUCAGGCUAACUAAUACUUGCCCGUUUGAGUUGUAUACAGUUAAGGGAAAUUACAUGAAGGUGUGUGAUUCUGUGUCAGGAGUUCUUAACUUGGGUCUGUACACCCUGCAGUCGUUUGCAAAAUUUUCUUUGACUAUCGUUUUUUUUGAGAGAGAUUCCCAGAAGAGUCCAUACCUCCCCAAAGUUUAAGACCGGUUGUCCUAUUUGAAAACAACAUGCAUAACUACAAAAUACUUCCACAGGUUAAAUUCAGUAAAUAUGUAUUUACUCAUUUCCUGUAUACCAUUUUACUGAUGUAAGUAAUUGUAUCAUUACUGGUGAAUUUGCUUUCUGAAGCAUCCAUAUGUAGAAAUACAGUUUUUGGUUACAAGUUUUAAUGUAUGUGGCAUUUUGAUGUAUCCUUUAGUGCAGACCAUUUAAGGCUGUUGAAUUAAAUGACAUUUUAGAAUACUUUCAGUUUUGUUGUUAAAUUCUUACCGUGUAUUACCAGAUUGUUUGUAAACAUUCCUGUUGGAGGCUAAGAGCUAAAGAGUUACAUUCAUGAGUUAUUUGUGUCAUCAAAAACAGAAUUUUUAAAUUAUUUUUGAAGUUUGCUUAUGUUUUUACAUGAUCUUUACUGUUUUGUUAAUACAGUUGUGAGAUUGCAUCUCUGACAAAGCGAAAAAUGUCCAAUUUUUUCACAAAUAAAUUGGUGAAAUGACUUUAAAGAUUUGAUAGAAAGCACAGCAUGUGUGAAUUAAUUUGUUGGAAGUACCUGAAAAAAGUAAAAUGGGUAUUUGCAAAACGAAAUAUACCCAGAGAAGCAGAGCACCAGAUUUUUUUUUGUAACUCCGAUUUUAAGUACAUAAGUCGGAGUCACCACCAUUUCAAAAGUCUAAACUUAAGCUCUGAUCCGUCGCAUCCUUCACCUACAAAGAUGGCUGAGGCAGUUUCAGGAUAGCUCUUCUUAGUCCCCAGAGAGCCGCUAAGUAAACAGCCUCUAAUUGCUAGCAUACAAGCCACGAGGAGGGCCAUGGUGCCUUCAAACAGCAACUGUUCUUCGGAGUCACUAGCCCAUGCCUGGAAACAUCAGGAUGCAUGUACCAUCUUUGGCAAAGCUUGUAGCAGGCAGUACCAUGAAUGACUUACCUCCUUUUCUCCAUGGUGUGCUGCAGCAUUUGCUUUAGCUUAGUAUGUUUGGGGAUAAAUUAGUAAGCAGUUUUUUCAGAUUAUAUAUCCAGUUCAUCCUAAUAUAGUUUGCAGACCUACUUCCCAAUAAUCAUAGCAUCUGCAGAAAUUCACUAACAGUUGAACUGUAACUCAUUUACAGCUACCAAAGUUUGAAGUUUAAGUAAAAAGAAGAGCUUUUUCCAGGUAGCAUUCUGACAAGUAUAUAUAUGAUUUACGUUUUUCAAUUAUUUAAAAAUUCAAGUUGUCUUUUAGCCUUAUUUUGAAUUAGAAGUGUCAAAGAAACAUUUGACAGUUGCAGCCAGGAUAUAUCCAGCUUCCUGAAAUGGUUUGGUCUCUUUGAGGGCCAAAUGUAGUAGCUUAUUCUAAAUAAUGGGUCUACUUUCUCAAUAAUGUGUAAAAACAAUUAUGAAUUCUACCACAUGAAAUACUGCCUUGUUAGUGAGUUCAGUUUGUGGUCAUUUGAACCAUGUAACACAUUAGAUGUUCAUGUGGAUAGGCACUUAAUGUAAUGAUGGCUUACCUUGAGUUAGCAGUUACAUCUUUUCCUCCUCAGAAUGGAGAAGGAAUACAAUAGAUUGUCAUGUUGCUUAAUCUUUUCAGAAUUUACCACAAAGUAGGGUGCAUGGCUGGCUCAGUUGUGGAGUGUGUGACUCUUGAUCUUGGGGUUGUAAGUUCAAGCCCCAUGUUGGAUGUAGAGAUUAUUUAAAAAUAAAUCCUUAAAAAAAAUUUACUGCAAAGUAAUACAAUCUUAAACUCUAGUUUGUUUUUUUUUAACAGUAAAACUUGGCCUCAUCCUAAUUUUGUUAAACGUGUUUAAGAAGUAUAUUUAAUUUCUAUUUCAGAGUAAUCUUUUUUAAAAAUUAAUUUUUCUUUUUUUUAAGUAGGCCUCAGGCCCAGCACAGAGCCCAGUGCAGGGCCUGAACUCAGGACCCUGAGCUCAAGACCUGAGAUGAGAUGAAGGGUCCGACGCUUGACCAACUGAGCCACCCAGGCACCCCUAGGAGCAAUUUAACCAAAACCUCUUCACUUCUGUGAUAACAUACAAAUAUUAAAUAUCUGUCUUUAAAAUUGAUCUGUAGCCUAUCAGUAAAAUCUAAAGUCUCACUGCAAAUUAAGCCAAAAUGGUUUACUUAAUGAGUAUAAUAGUGUAGCAACAUGUUUAUGGUGAUUCAUACUUCCAGGAAAUUAAGGAUUGGUUUUGUUUUCUUUUUGCUCUACAAAACUAAUGGAUCUCGCUUUGCUUGAUUAAAGUCAGAGGAAAUAAGAAAACACCACUUGACUUUGUGAGAAAGGAAACAUGAUGCCUGCUUACAUUUUCUCUAGUUAUGCCAUAAUGUGUCCAUAUCCCAUGAAAGCAGCUUUGUAGUUACAGGGUUUUUUUUAAUGUUCUUCCAUGAAAAGCUACAAUUCUUUUUUUUUUUUUUUUUUAAACUUUUUAACGUUUAUUUAUUUUUGAGACACAGAGAGACAGAGUAUGAAUGGGGGAGGGUCAGAGAGAGAGGGAGACACAGAAUCUGAAGCAGGCUCCAGGCUCUGAGCUGUCAGCACAGAGCCCGACGUGGGGCUCGAACUCACGGACAGCGAGAUCGUGACCUGAGCCAAAGUCGGGCACUUAACCGACCCAGCCACCCAGGCACCCCAGAAAAACUACAAUUCUUAGAUGCCUGUAACUAAGCACCUUUGUAUUUUUUGUGUGUAAGACUUUUACAUGAUAUUAUUUUAGCUUAGUUAUGUAUCAUUCAGAGGAAAUUCAAAGUUUCUUUUUGAAGCUAUAUUUUACUCUCAUUUUAAUUGUUUUUAAAGUUUAUUUUUGAGACAGAGAGAGAGCAGGUGAAGGGCAGAGAGAGAGGAAGAGAGAGGAUCCCAAGCAGGCUCUGCAUUGUCAGUGCAGAACCUGACGCAGGGCUUGAACUCAUGAACCCUGAGAUCAUGACCUGAGCCAAAACCAAGAGCCAGACGCUUAACUGACUGGGCCACCUAGGUGCCCCUACCCUCAUUUUUGAUUGAUAACUUCUCUGUAUUAAAUAUUAAGAUCAAAAUUAUUCUCCCUUAUACUUUAUUUUUUAAAUUUUUAUUUACUUGUUUUGAGACAGCAAGCAUGAGGAGGGGGAGGGGCAGAGGGAGAGGGGGAGAGAGAAUCUUAAGCAGGCUCCAUGCUUAGCACAGAGCCUGACUUGGGGCUCCAUCUCAUGACCAUGAGAUCAUGACCUGAGCCGAGAUCAAGAGUUGGGUGCUUAACUGACUGAGCCACCCAGGUGCCCCUACUUUAUUUUGGUUUUUAUAAUGUUUUUAAAAUUUUUCCCAACUUUGGAGAAUUUUUAAACUACAGAAAAGUUGCAAAAAUAGCAUAAUGAGUAUUCAUCUGCCCAUCCUACAGAUUCACAUCACAGAUUAACAUUUUGCCACAUUUAUUUUUCUUCUCUCUAUGCUCACGUUUUUUUUUGUUUUGUUUUGUUUUGAACCAUUUGAGGAGUUCGUUGUAGAUAUCAAGACACUUUACCCCUAUAAAACUGAGAAUGUAUCACCUAAGAAAAAGGAUGUUCUCCCACAUAACCACAAUGUAAUUACCACAUUUGGGAAAUUUUAAUGUAUUUUAAAAAAUUUUUUUUAAUGUUUAUUUUUGAGAGAGAGCGCAUGCAUGAACAGAGGAGGGGCAGAGAGAGGGAGACACAGAAUCUGAAGUAGGAUCCAGGCUCUGAACUGUCAACACAGAGCCCUAUGCGCGACUCAAACCCACGAAUCAUGAGAUCAUGACCUGAGUUGAAGUUGGACGCUUAACCGACUGAGCUACCCAGGCGCCCCUCACAUUCAGGAAAUUUUAACGUUAACAUAAUAGUAUUAAGUAAUAUAUUAGCUAUAGCCACAUUUCUCUAAUUGUACCUCCUUAAUAGUUGUCUUUUUUUGGGUACAGAAUUUAAUCAUUACAUUUAGUUGCCAUGUCUCUUCAGUCUAGAAUAACUUGUUUUUUUUAUGAUAUUGACACUUUUUAAUAGUUUAAGCCAGUUGUUGUGAAGAAUGAGCCUCAGUUUGGCUUAUUCUCAUUGUUUAUUUACAUGAUAAAUUCUGUUUAAUAAAUGGGAUUAUAAUGCCCAGUUAUAGGUAGAAUUACUUCUGUCUCCUGGCCAAAAAUCUCUAUAAGCCCCCAGUUCAUACCGAUAGAUAUACAACAUAAGUUAUUAAAGUCAACAUCCUGUAUAAUAAUUGCUGCAUUCAUAAACCCUAUUGACUGGGCAAUCAUAGACUCAAAAUUUGGGAGCUAGAUAAGGAUUUAGGUAAGAGAUUAAUAAAUCUCUUCCUGCUGAGAGAGGUAAAGUGACUAACUUAAUUUCCCUAGCAGCUCAGUGACUGCAUGAUUAGGGCUAUCAAUCAGCCAUGGUCAUGAAAUACCUUUUCUAGACCAGGCAUUGUGCUACACAUUGGAUACUAAAAUGGAAAAAAACUGGAUCCCUACACUUAAAAGAGUAACAGUCUGUGGUAAUGUAUUCUGUGUAAUCACCAAAACCAGCAUAGCUGUCGACUUGGGCUCUGGAAUUGCCUGGAUAGACUCCAUUCCAUCUCUUAUUUGCUGUGUUAGACUAUAAAAUGGAGGUAACAGUGUCCAAUCUGAAAGGUGGUCAGGAAGAGUAAGCAAGAUUUUGAAUGUAAACCAUUAUAAGUUUUCAGUAAUACUUUCAUUACUGUUUUAAUCUAGUGUAUGUGUGCAAUAAAUCUGUGUGAUAGAUGACACAGUGGGAUAUCAGAUAUUAGAGUGUAGAGGAGGGUAUUAGUAGAGGAAGGUGCAAGUUUAACUAAUAAUAAUUAAUAAAAAUUUAAUAGUCUUUAAAUACAGUAGUUAUACUGAAUACCUGUGGUGAUAGAAGGGACUUACAGAGUAAUUCACUUAAGUUCUACAGACAUUUAUUAAGCACCUUUGUGCUAUGCAUGGACCAGAUGCUCCAGAUCAUAGAAGAAUAAAGCAUAGGGCCUGUCUCAGCAGAAGCCUAGAAAGCCUCAAGGAAUAGGUUCUCCUAGUGUUUAUCAUGCGGUUAUCGUCAUCUUUUUGGAGUUUUUUGCUUGGGGAUUAUUGACAGCACCCACCUUGGUGGUAUUACAUGAAACCUUUCCUAAACAUACAUUUCUGAUGAAUGGCUUAAUUCAAGGAGUAAAGGGUUUGUUGUCAUUCCUCAGUGCCCCACUUAUUGGUGCUCUUUCUGAUGUUUGGGGCCGGAAAUCCUUCUUGCUGCUAACAGUAUUUUUCACGUGUGCCCCAAUUCCUUUAAUGAAGAUCAGCCCAUGGUGGUACUUCGCUGUUAUCUCUGUUUCUGGGGUUUUUGCAGUAACUUUCUCCGUGGUAUUUGCAUAUGUAGCAGAUAUAACCCAAGAACAUGAAAGAAGUAUGGCAUAUGGACUGGUGUCAGCAACAUUUGCCGCAAGUCUGGUAACCAGCCCUGCAAUCGGAGCUUACCUUGGACGAGUAUACGGGGACAGCUUGGUGGUGGUCCUGGCCACAGCAAUAGCGUUGCUAGAUAUUUGUUUUAUCCUUGUUGCUGUGCCAGAGUCGUUGCCUGAGAAGAUGCGGCCAGCAUCGUGGGGAGCACCCAUUUCCUGGGAACAGGCUGACCCCUUUGCGUCCUUAAAAAAAGUGGGCCAAGAUUCCAUAGUGCUGCUAAUCUGCAUUACGGUGUUUCUCUCCUACCUACCGGAGGCAGGCCAAUAUUCCAGCUUCUUUUUAUACCUCAGACAGAUAAUGAAGUUUUCACCAGAAAGUGUUGCAGCAUUUAUAGCAGUCCUUGGCAUUCUUUCCAUUAUUGCACAGACCAUAGUCUUGAGUUUACUUAUGCGGUCAAUCGGAAAUAAGAACACCAUUUUAUUGGGUCUUGGAUUUCAAAUAUUACAGCUGGCAUGGUAUGGCUUUGGCUCAGAACCUUGGAUGAUGUGGGCUGCUGGGGCAGUAGCAGCCAUGUCUAGCAUUACCUUUCCAGCUGUCAGUGCCCUUGUGUCACGAACUGCUGAUGCUGAUCAACAAGGUGUUGUUCAAGGAAUGAUAACAGGAAUUCGAGGACUGUGCAAUGGUCUGGGACCAGCUCUUUAUGGAUUCAUUUUCUACAUAUUCCAUGUGGAACUUAAAGAACUGCCAAUGACAGGAACAGACUUGGGAACAAACACAAGCCCACAGCACCACUUUGAACAGAAUUCGAUCAUCCCUGGCCCCCCCUUCCUCUUUGGAGCCUGUUCCGUACUGCUGGCUCUGCUUGUUGCCUUGUUUAUUCCAGAACAUACCAAUUUAAGCUUGCGGUCCAGCAGCUGGAGAAAGCACUGUGGUGGUCACAGCCACCCCCAUAGUACACAAGCGCCAGGAGAGGCCAAAGAACCUUUACUCCAGGACACGAACGUGUGAUGACUGAAAUCAGGAAGACUUUUCUACCACACCCAGGUCUUAGUUUUCACCUGUAGUUCUGGAUGUACAUUCCAUUUCCAUCUCAAUGUACUUUAAGAUUGUCUUAAGAAAUGUAUCUGCAUGAACUCGUGGGAACUAAAGAAAGAACCAGAACCGGACAGUUUUCCAAAGAUGUUACAAUUUCUUUUGAAAAGAAACCUUUUGUUUAUUAGCACCAAUUUCUUGCCACUAAGCUUUUUUGUUUUAUUAUACAUCCUUUAAUUAAAAACUAUAUACGUACCUUCUUAGAUACUAGCAACGUCUCUGCUACCAUUUCCUUCAGGUGUUGAGCUUUAACUCUAUGCUGACUCACAGUGAGACAGAGUAGGUAGUACGGUUAUGGACCUGUUAGUUUUAAUAUUGUAAAAUCUUGGGUCAAAUAAUUCAAAGCCUUAAUGCAGAUGCACUAAAGUAAAGAAAUGGUAAAUGAACUGUUUGCAUUUAAAAAAAGAAAAAAACUUAAGAAAAUUGUACUAAAUCUGAAUCAUGUUUUAAGCUUGUUUGUAGUAAUUUUAUUUUAAAAACAUUCACCACUGUUUUUGAAAUGAGAAAGUAUCAGCCAUUUAGAAUUUAAAUUGGGGUAGAGUCUGUAAAUCUAAACACUGGCUCGAAUUUGUUUCCCCAGCUACUUCUACCACUAUUCUUUUAAUGUUUGCAUAAUCAUAAGAACCUCAACACUUGAAUACAUAAUCUAAAAUUAUAUAGUAAAAGCUGGUAGCCUUGAAAAUGUCAAUGUGAUAUCUGUAUGUAGAUAAAUAUAUAUAGUGGCCUUUCAGGACUGUCACAGUAACACUUUAUUUACAGAGCUAAUGUUUGUCCUAAAUUUUCAGGACCCUAGAAGAGAGCUUUAUACAAUUCCUGAUGUGAAUUUCUCUAAAGUGUAUAUUUUUGUGUCCAGUUAUAUUAUUUAAAAAAGUGUUACUUUGUAAAAAUUGUACAUAAAGUAUUGUAUAGUUUACACUGUU